UACAACGAGAUGAAGUUACCAUGCUCCAUCAAUUAUUAUGCACAGCACACCUACUCACUGACGCUGGAGUUUUUGGCCUAUGAUUUUCCGCCAAUUUUUGUUUUACUUAGCUAUAUAGUGAUAUUCGCUAAGAUUUUCCAGCGUUCACUUCGUUCCCUGAGGAAGCGAGUUUUACCUGUUGGAGGAAUGACAAUCACCUUCACUCUUGCAACGCAACAUAAUUCAUCAACGGCCGGAAGUAAUGACAUCGUGCCGCUUCCUGUGAAUGCGAAUAGCCUCAAGAAGCCGGCACUCCCUGUCAACACAUCCUCUACACAGACUACCGAAAGCAAAAUGUACAAACUUUUUGCCCUACUGGCGCUCUGCGUUCUGAUUUGCUUUAUCCCGGCAAUGAUCUACUAUCUAGCGGUAGAUUUUAAUGAUUACUGGAACGAUACCCUGUUCGCUGUCGUCACCUGCCUUCAGUACGGGAGUUGUGCCCUUAAUCCGCUAAUCUAUCAUUCCAGCUUACCGGGAAUUCAAAGAGCCAUUAAGAAUAUCUUCGUUAAAAAAAGCCCCAACUAAUUAAGAAGUUGCAGAAUGGAGCCACAUGGGGCCC